ACUCCCUGCCACCACGACGCCCUCUGCCAUCUUUUGCAUCUGGCCGGCGAUAUUCGACCGCGAACGUCGUCCCUCAAGCACUCGCGUUUUCCCGUUCGCAUCACACCUUCGCUUUUGCGUCCGCCACCUGCGUCUAACUCGCUAUCUUUUCGUCUCUCACCAUGGCUGACCGUGACCAGCCCUACGAUCCCUAUAUCCCAUCGAAUUCCAACCAAAAUGGAGGAGGAACAAGCGGGAACCAGAGAACUGCUGCGUUGCAAGCGCAAAUCGAUGAUACCGUCGGAGUGAUGCGAGAAAAUAUCAACAAAGUCUCACAGCGUGGCGAACGUUUGGAUUCGCUUCAGGACAAGACGGACAAUCUCGCUGUUUCCGCUCAGGGCUUCCGCCGCGGUGCCAACCGGGUCCGUAAGCAGAUGUGGUGGAAAGACUUCAAGAUGCGGAUAUGUUUGAUUGUCGGAAUCAUCCUCCUGCUGGUAGUCAUUAUUGUCCCAGCUGUCGUUGCGACCAAGGGGAAAUGAGUUUCCCGUUUCCCGUAUCUUACCCUGCUCUUCCCUUCUCACCGCGCUUCAAUAAAACCCCACCGUUACGAUUUACAUAAAGAUUUCAAAAAAUCUGCUCUUAGCUACGGUGCCUGCGACCUUCAGUGCGUGCGCGGUUCCCCUCGCUCCCUCUUGUCCUCUCUUGCGCUCUCAUCUUUCCGGUCCCUUUUCUGCCCCUUUAUAAUUGAGCUACGAAUCCUCUGGUGUUUUUGCUUUAGUUCCUCGAUCACGGGUCUAGCUUGGGGAAAUGGGCCUUGUAAAUGAUACUCUGGUGAUUGUAACUGUCGGUUUGCGAUGCUUCUGCUAUAGGACUUGUUUUAAUGACUCAUUAGCUUUC